AUGGGCCCAGGGUAUUGCUGGAAUUAUACGCCUAGCGGCAACUACGCACGUCUUGCCCCUCUGAUAUCACAGUGCGGGAGUAGUGGACAAUGA